GAAGCGGCGCGCGCCGCCAUGGCGCUGGCGGAGGAGGCGCUGCGGCGGCAGCUGGGCAAGUACAAGUUCAGAGACCUGACCAUAGAAGAGCUGAAGGAUGUUAGCAAGACCUACCCCAACUUCACCUUCUCCAUGAACACAUACACCUUCAAGGAUGGAUCCCAGAAGGACCUCCUGAAUUUUAGUGGCACUGUUCCAGUGAAAUAUGCAGGCAGUUCCUAUAACAUCCCUGUCCGGCUGUGGAUCCUGGAUUCCCAUCCCUUUGCUCCGCCCCUUUGCUUCCUGAAGCCGACGGCAAGCAUGGGCAUUGCGGUGGGGAAACACGUGGAUGCCCGGGGCAGGAUCUAUUUGCCCUACCUGCAGAACUGGAGCCAUCCUAAAUCAACUCUCACUGGAUUAAUCAAGGAAAUGAUUGCAAAGUUUGAGGAAGAGCUCCCUUUGUACUCACUGUCAUCUUCUGAUGCAGCCAGGCAAUCAGAACUUCUCUCCUAUAUUGCAAAGAUUACUGAAGGAGAGACUGACAUGAAAUCAAGGAGUAAAACUGGAAGCAGAAAUGAAGGAUGUUUUAACAAAAUUACUGUUGUUGGAGCUGGAGAUCUUGGCGUUGCAUGUGUACUAGCUGUUGCAGCAAAGGAUGUUGCAGACAAGGUGGUUCUUUUGGAUCUUUCUGAAGGUGCAGCAAAAGGAGGCACCAUGGAUUUGGAGAUUUUUGCUGUGCCAAAUGUGGAGAUCAGCAAAGAUUUUUCUGCUUCAGCUGAUUCCAAAGUUGUGGUGCUUACAGUGAAUUCUCUGGGUAAUGCUCAGACUUACCUCGAUGUCAUACAAAGCAAUGUGGAUUUGUUCAGAGGAAUCAUUCCAGCAGUGUCCCACUACAGUCAGAGUGCUGUUCUCCUUGUUGCUUCUCAUCCAGUUGAAGUAAUGACAUUUGUGUCCUGGAAGCUGAGCUCAUUUCCCAAAAGCAGAGUCAUUGGAGUUGGUGCCAACCUCGAUUCAGAGAGAUUUCGGUACAUUCUAACCAACCUUUUGAAAGCAGAGGUGCUGGCAAAAGAUGCCUGGAUUAUUGGUGAACAGGGAGAAGACAAAGUGCCAUCAUGGAGCAGCUGGAAUGUAGCUGCAAAUCAAACAGAAGCAAUGGCUGCUCGUAACUCAAGGGAAAAGGUGGCGAACAGAGCUAUGGAAGUCCUAAAGGGAAAAGGUCAGAGAUCAUGGUCUGUUGGGCUCUCAGUUGCUGAUUUGGUUGACAGCAUUCUGAAAGAUAAAAGGAAGGUUCAUUCUGUAUCCACUCUGGCAAAGGGGUGUUGCAAUAUAAACAGUGAAGUGUUCCUAAGUCUCCCAUGUAUUCUUGGAACCAGUGGAGUGAUUGAAACGGUCAGACUGGAGGAAGACCCACUGGUGCAGGAGAAACUGCAAAGCAGUGCAGGCUCAAUUCAUGACCUUCAGCAGCAGCUGAAGCUGUAAGGAAGCACAAGGGAAGCCUCUGUGUCUGCUCACUCAAGCUGGAGAUCUGCAAGGCAGAAGAGGUUGCUCCAUGUAUAAGGAUUUCUAUAGAAAACAGGAAGCUUUGUUAUUUUACUUUCCAAAAGUGCUUUCUCAGUUUAGGUUUAAAUAAUUUAAUACCACACUGUAGGGCAAUUUUUUCUUUGUAAAGUGCACUUUUGGUAGCCAAAAUGAGGCAGGUAGCACACAAGAAUAUUUUACCUAAAUUCAGGUGGCACUUGCCUGUGGGUUUUGGCUGCCAGUUAUAGCCUGAUUCUUGGGUUAUUCUCAGCUUUUUGCACCUCUUUAUGAGGCAAAAGAGAGGGGCUAACCCAGCUCUGCAGAAACUCCGGUGUGCACAGCCCACUUGAACCCUCCCUCAUGGCUUUUAAAUGCUGUGUCUGAGGCUUGUGUAGGGUACAGGCACACUCCAGCUCCACAGCACUGGGGAUGCAGUUCCAUAGCUCCAUCCUCUGUGGCUGUACAUGUUCUUAUGUCAAAGGACCUCCAGUGUUUUGCUAUUUACUAAGGGGAACGUGGUGUUCACAGUAUCCUUUAAACCUGAACUACUGGCUAUGGAUUUCUGGUCACACUUGAUCAUGUCUGAAAUACUCCAAUCAUGACUUGCUUGCUUUUAUUUUGUGAGGACAUUCAGAGCACUAAAGCACCUGCAGUUCUCACUGCACACAUGCAGUACUGGAACAGGGGCUCUUCCUGAAUGGAGGAGCAGGAGCUGGGCUUCAAAUAAAAAUAAAAGAUAAAAUCCAGCAGUUAAACUGCACAGGAGUAUCUGCACAUUCAGAUGUCAAACCAAAGCUGGCUGGGAGCUUUACAUCAGCCUCAGGAGAAGGCAUCAGAACCUGUAACCCUCUUCCCUGGAGACCAAAGGUGUGAUGAAAAAGCAGGAUGUGGAUUUGUAGAUAAAAAACGGAUGGUUUUGAGAUCAAGAGUUUUUUUGGGUUCUAACCUCUUGAUUUACUGCUGGUAAAAGACUGUGUUACUCCUGAUUGUACCUCAGCUUCACAUGGC